ACUCCGGGCAGCGGCACAUCGGGCUGGACUCCAGGCAGCGGCACAUCGGGCUGGACUCCGGGCAGCGGCACAUCGGGCUGGACUCCGGGCAGCGGCACAGGGCCCCCAGGAGGAGCGACAGGCACAGGGCCCCCAGGAGGAGCGACAGGCACCAGGCCCCCAGGCGGAGCGGCAGGCACAGGGCGCUUAGGCGGAGCGGCAGGCACAGGGCCCCCAGGAGGGGCGGCAGGCACAGGGCCCCCAGGAGGGGCGGAAGGCACAGGGCCCCCAGGAGGGGCGGCGGGCGCCGGGUCCCCAGGCGGAGCGGCGGGCACCGGGCCCCCAGGCGGGCGCCGGGUCAUCAGGUACCGGAUCGUCUGGCUCGACAGCAGGCACCGGGUCAUCUGGCGCUGGAUCGUCUGGCUCGACAGCGGGCAUCGGGUCACCAGGCAUGACAGCGGGCACUGGGCCAUCAGGAAUUGGAUCGUCUGGCUCGACAGCGGGCAUCGGGUCACCAGGUACCGGAUCAUCUGGCUCGACAGCGGGCAUCAAGUCAGCAGGCAUGACAGCGGGCACUGGGUCAUCAGGCAUUGGAUCGUCUGGCUCGACACCGGGCAUCAGGUCACCAGGUAUGACAGCGGGCACUGGGUCAUCAGGCAAGGAUAGGAUCAUCAGGCUGGAUCAGUUCCUCAGGCUGGGUACAGACAUCAGGCUGGGUAGAGACAUCUGUGGCUCUGUGGCU